AUGGAUUCGCCGGACCCCAAGCGACAACGCCUAGAGCCUACAUCGUCCUACAAUCUGCGAUGUCGCACCCUGGUGACCAGCAGUAGUAUCGACCCACCGGACGCCAAGCGUCAGAGGCUGGACACGGCUGCGUCCCAGAGCAGCACGUCGACGGUCGGCCCUCCCGCCGUCACCACGGAUUCAAGGAGCGUCACGUUUCAUGUGACGUUUACGGCCGGCCCCACAGAAACGAAUGAGGACCGCCUCUUUGCCGGCGCCCAGAGCCGCUACGGCAGCUUCAUCGCUGGCGUGAAUACCGCCGGCCAGGGGAUAGUAAUUAUGCAGAUUGACGAUGUCAUCCUCGGCAGGCUGGAGAGCAGCCACGCGUUCGGCCACCGCGUGACGUUCGCCAACGUGGAUGCAGCUUCCCUGCCGCCUUUCAUAACUUCUCGUUUCGCUGGGGUGACGGUGGGGCAGUUUAAAGUCUCCUCAGCGACGCGGAUUUCCGUGGAGCCCUCCUCCGCUGUCCCAAUGCUCUACAGCGCCAGGCUUCGGUUCCCCGUUUACGAUGUCGGCAGCGACAGGGCCCGCCCCGAAGACAAGCACGCGUCGGAUGGCAGCGCCCUCCUGCUCAUCCCACACGGCGGGAUGUUCCGGGGCGGGCCGUUCCGCAAGUUUAAGGCGUGGGUCGCGUGCGGCAACGGUGACAGUCCCGACGCCGGACGCGUGGAGCUCGCCAUCAGGGAAUCCGCUCCCGACGACUUCGUCGCUCAGCUACAAGCAGCGGCCGAUAGCAGCACGCCCCUCUACGUGUAUGGUGCCAAGAUCAGCCCCUCCAAUAGCAAAGCUUAUAUGAAUAGCGUCUUCCUCAGCGGCUCGCUUGUAGCAGCAGCGAGUGCCCCCGGCAAACACCCUCCCAAACGAGUGCACACCUUCCAGGCGGCUGUUCAGCGAACUACCGCGGCCACCGUGCCCGCCGACACGACUGAUAUGGUAUUGGCUUGGGAGCAGCGUAGCCGCAGUGCCCUUGUUUUACCGUCGGAUGGUCCACACGCCUCGGCCACCCUGUCACCCAACCCCACUUCUGUCACUGUAGUCGGCUCACUACCGGUCCUCCCGCUCGUCCUCACAAUCGGCAGCCGCAGUUAUCCGGUGUGCACUGACAGCAUCGCCGUCAUGCAACAGUUGCCAAACUACGACGAGUUCUUCGGCAGCACCAGCUUCGCAGACGAUAAUGAUCGUAUGGCGUACGCUGCUUACGACUCGUUCACCGUCACCGGUACCAUCACCACCAAGACAGAAGGGCUGGGUGCAUUCCGUGCACUUGUGGGUUCGACUCCCACACAAGUUGGCGGCGUCCCUCGCAUCUACACUGGUUUGCAUGUGUUGAAGCUGCUGCUCCGGCAAGCCUUCGUGCUGUUCUCUUCGGUGUCCUCCGUUAGGCGCGUGUGCGAUGAGUUGGCGUCCAUAUGUGUCGGCGCAUCAGAUGUGUCUCUAUUUCCGCACGGCGGUCGUGUAUCCGGUGUUGGCAGUUGUGAUGCUCCACGUACGCUGCUAUGGUCCUGCGAUGUAUACUCUGCUUGGUCGACAACGAGGACCCUAAUAACACACGGACCCGACGUACGAGCGCCACUGGAUCCGCAUUUCGGCCGCCACGGCUACGCGUCACCACAACGGAUGUCGUGCCAGUACACCGUCCUGCCGCCUAUACGGCGGUGCUGGCUGCUGCCGAUCGCGCGACCAUGCAGGCACCGCGGCUUCUGCCAUUCGCCGUGCACUCGACAGGUCAUGCGGUAUGGGCUCUGCUUGGUCGGCAACGAGGGCCCUAGUAACACACGGACGCGACGUACGAGCACCGCAGCAACAUGUCGCCACGACGGAUAUCGUGCCAGUACACCGUCCUGUCGCCUACACGGCGGUGCUGGCUGCUGCCGACCGAGCGACCGUGCAGGCACCACGGCUUCUGCCAUUCACCAUGCACUCGACAGGCACCGCGGCUUCUGCCAUUCACCAUGCACUCGACAGUCCCCUUCGCUGACACAUCCGGAACCACGGAUCUUACCGUUCGUCCGUCCCUUCCAAAUGCAUCUUGCCUGCCGCGGCUCUAGUGUGUAUGGCAGUCGUACCGGGUCCGGACCCGGACGGUGUGCACCCGAAUCUUUGAUCCAGAAUGACUGCACAGCAGAAACGAAUGAGGACCGCCUCUUUGCCGGCGCCCAGAGCCGCUACGGCAGCUUCAUCGCUGGUGUGAAUACCGCCGGCCAGGGGAUAGUAAUUAUGCAGAUUGACGAUGUCAUCCUCGGCAGGCUGGAGAGCAGCCACGCGUUCGGCCACCGCGUGAUGUUCGCCAACAUGGAUGCAGCUUCCCUGCCGCCUUUCAUAACUUCUCGUUUCGCUGGGGUGACGGUGGGGCAGUUUAAAGCCUCCUCAGCGACGCGGAUUUCCGUGGAGCCCUCCUCCGCUGUCCCAAUGCUCUACAGCGCCAGGCUUCGGUUCCCCGUUUACGAUGUCGGCAGCGACAGGGCCCGCCCCGAAGACAAGCACGCGUCGGAUGGCAGCGCCCUCCUGCUCAUCCCACACGGCGGGAUGUUCCGGGGCGGGCCGUUCCGCAAGUUUAAGGCGUGGGUCGCGUGCGGCAACGGUGACAGUCCCGACGCCAGACACGUGGAGCUCGCCAUCAGAGAAUCCGCUCCCGACGACUUCGUCGCUCAGCUACAAGCAGCGGCCGAUAGCAGCACGCCCCUUUACGUGUAUGGUGCCAAGAUCAGCCCCUCCAAUAGCAAAGCUUAUAUGAAUAGUGUCUUCCUCAGCGGCUCGCUUGUAGCAGCAGCGACUGCCCCCGGCAAACGCCCUCCCAAACGAGUGCACACCUUCCAGGCGGCUGUUCAGCGAACUACCGCGGCCACCGUGCCCGCCGACACAACUGAUAUGGUAUUGGCUUGGGAGCAGUGUAGCCGCAGUGCCCUUGUUUUACCGUUGGAUGGUCCACACGCCUCGGCCACCCUGUCACCCAACCCCACUUCUGUCACUGUAGUCGGCUCACUACCGGUCCUCCCGCUCGUCCUCACAAUCGGCAGCCGCAGUUAUCCGGUGUGCACCGACAGCAUCGCCGUCAUGCAACAGUUACCGAACUACGACGAGUUCUUCGGCAGCGCCAGCUUCGCAGACGAUAAUGAUCGUAUGGUGUACGCUGCUUACGACUCAUUCACCGUCACCGGUACCAUCACCACCAAGACAGAAGGUCGAACAACGUUUAUCACAGCUCUGCAGGAAUGA